AUGUACUUCACCACCAAGGAGUACAAGUCCUUUGCUCCUUUCGGUCAGAUGCCCGUGCUGCAUGUGAAGAAGGACGACGGGUCAGAGGCUUGGCUGGCACAGUCAGGUGCCAUCGUGCGGUACCUGUCGAAGAAGCUGGGGCUCUCGGGGGCGACGGAAGAGGAGGAGAGCAUGGUGGACAUGGUAUUCGAGGGCUCGAAGGACAUCAUGGGGAGGAAAGCUGCAGUACACGAAGGCCUUGAGAGCACACUACCGGAUGUCCUGACCCUGCGUAUGCACUUGGAAAAGAGCGAGGGUCUGCUGGGGUCGAAGCAGUACUUCGUCGGGGACAGGCUGACGUACGCCGACGUCGGGAUGUUCCACGCGCUCUACACCCUACAGGAGGUGGGAGACAAGUACCUGGACCGGGCAGGAUACAAGUCUCUCUCUGCCUUCGUCACCCGCAUGGCCUCGCUGCCGAGCCUGUCGGCCUACCUGUCGUCGGAGAGGUACUUGCGCGCUUGA